CAUGGAGGAAUGUCAUGAGUGGGCUUCAGUUCAGAAUGGUCCAUCACAAUGACAACGGCCAUACAAAUGCACCACCCAAAUCCGCAGAGCCUCCGAAACCCUGCUCCGUCCCACCAACACACUUUCACCCUUUCCGGGACCAGCAGGAAUGCAAUCUUAUCAAACAGGCUGUGGUUUACUUGACUCACAGUGGAUUUUACUGGGGCCCUUUGGAUGUGGACGAAGCUCAUGCGAGACUGGCGAAUCUUCCCCUUGGGACGUUCCUGAUUCGGGACAGCAUGCAGGCCAACGUUUUCUUCACGCUCAGCUAUCGGGCUCCUGAAGGCCCGACCAGUGUUCGAGUGCUGCUGAAGAACGAAAGCUUCAGUUUAGCAGGUAGCAAACACACUUUUUCAUGCAUUUUUGGACUGCUUGGAUACUACAUCGCAUCUCCGAAAAAAAGUUUGAGCAGGCCGUAUCGAGGGGAUGUCCCGCAAACCCUACAGGAACUUGCAAGACGGGCUGUAGUGCAGAGUUUUGGGAAAGAUAGUAUUCCACAUUUGCCUGUGAGCAAAAAACUUAAGGAAUUUAUAUGGUUGUACCCUUUUAGCAUAUGAAUGUGUGUGUUGUUUAUGCAGUAUGAAGAUCCUGAA